AUGCAACUGACGAUGGAUACUGGAAAAUCUAAAGAGAUGCUUUUUGAUCCCAAGGAAGAGCAUGAUGCUUGUGGUGUCGGCUUCGUAGUAAACACCAAGGGUGUGCGUUCAAACAAGGUACUGAAAGAUGCAAAGGUUAUGCUGGAACGUAUGGAUCAUCGAGGAGCAUGUGCUUGUGAUGAAGAUACAGGGGAUGGUUCAGGUGUAAUGACUUCAAUACCUUACGAGAUAUAUCUAGAGUAUGCACGUGAAGCCAACGUUCAGUUACCUCCAAAGGGUCAAUUUGCUACUGGUAUUAUAUUUAUACACGAUCGCAACACUACAGUCGAUGAUGUGAUGAAGCAAUUUUCAGAAUUAUCUGAGGAGUGUGAUCUAAAACUUUUAUUCUGGCGCAUGACAGACGUGAACAAAAACUGUAUUGGCAUAGUUGCACAUUCCGAGGAGCCUGUCAUUGUUCAAGUAUUUGUCGUUAAGAAAUCAUCAAGUGAAGAACCCUUCGAAAGUACAGGAUUUCGUAGUAAAGUAUUUCUACUUCGGAAAUAUGCAAGUAAUGAACUUUCAAAGAAGUGUUACAUAUGCAGCUUAUGCUCUGAAACGGUGGUAUACAAGGGUCUAUUUACGACGAAACAACUAUGGAAUUAUUAUGCGGACCUGUCAAAUCCCAAUUUCAUGACACACUUCGCAAUUGUUCAUAACCGUUUUUCUACAAACACUUUUCCAUCAUGGAGUCGUGCUCAUCCUCAGCGUAUGAUGGCGCAUAAUGGCGAAAUAAAUACGCUACGUGGCAAUGUGAACUACUGUCGAGCACGUCAAAGUUUAAUGUUCAGUCGUUUUUAUACAAAAGCACAAAUGUCUAAACUUUUUCCGAUCAUUGAAGAGGGUAUGUCUGAUUCUGGGUCAUUCGAUAAUAUGAUGGAGUUCUUGUGUCAGGCAGGUGAUUUCAGCUUACCAGAAGCUGUGAUGAUGAUGAUUCCUGAAGCUUGGCAUAAUCUGGAUCCUGAAAAAGGUGAAAUGUCCAAGGAAAAAUGGAAUUAUUUUAAAUGGGCAGCCAAUAGUUUUGAACCUUGGGAUGGACCUGCUCUGAUUGUUUUCUCUGAUGGACGUUAUAUCGGUGCAAUACUUGAUCGUAAUGGUCUUCGUCCAGCUCGUUUCUAUGCCACCAGUGAUGAUAUGGUGUACAUGUCCAGUGAAGUUGGUGUAGUCGAUAUACAACCUAAUGUGAACAUUAUCAAAAAAGGUCGUUUGAAAGCUGGACGUAUGCUGAUUGUUGACACAGAAGACGGGGAACUGCUAGAUGAUGAAUCAUUAAAAUCUAAAAUUGCCACUAAACAUCCCUAUGAUGUUUGGCUUGAAGAAGGGGCUAUCGGUUUACCUGAAAUGCACAGAGCGUUCUCUAAUUCCCCCGAACAUUACAGUAAGAUAACGACGUUGUCUUCAUCAGUGGUUGAUGACCGUCGUUUACCACUGUUCGGCUACAAUCCAGAAAAUAUUAAUCUUCUAAUUCUACCUAUGCUGAAAACAAACAAAGAAGCUCUGGGAUCUAUGGGGAACGAUGCUCCGUUGGCUUGUUUAUCAGAACAGAACCCCCAUGUGUUUGAUUAUUUCCAACAGUUGUUUGCACAAGUUACAAAUCCACCAAUAGAUCCAUUCCGUGAACGCAUUGUUAUGACACUGAUGUGUCCAAUCGGCCCACAGAAAAAUAUUUUAAUACCAUCCAGGUCACAAACCCAUCGUUUAUGGCUUACCAAUCCUAUAUUAUCGUUGAAAGAUAUGGCUUUAUUACGUAACCUCGAGGGCGAUGCUCCUUUACAGCCUGACGACAUGAAACUGAAAAGUACUGUUCUGACUUGGCGUAGUUUCAUUUUGGAUGCUACUCUGUCCACUUCAGAAGCCAGUGGUGAGAUUCCCCUGGGUGCCCAAUUAUAUAAACGUCUACAAGACCUUUGUGACCAAGCUGAAAAUGCAGUACUGCAUGACAAUGUGGAUCUAUUGGUAAUUUCUGAUAGAGCUUGUGGCGUAGAUCGUCUUCCGAUACCAAUAUUGUUGGCAGUGGGAGCGGUACAUCAACGUCUGAUUCGUCGCGAACUUCGCAUGAGAGUAGGAAUUAUUGUAGAAACAGGGGAAUCUAAAGAAGUCCAUCAUUUCUGCACACUCAUUGGUUUCGGUGCUGAUGCGAUAUGUCCUUAUCUGAUUUUUGAAUCAGUUUCACGUUUGAACUGUGAAGGUCUUCUUACAUCGGAUACAAAUGUCAAUGAAGAAGAAUUAUAUUCAAGUUUCAUAUCAGCUGUUGAGCGUGGUAUUCUUAAAGUUAUGGCUAAAAUGGGGAUAUCAACGCUGCAUAGUUACAAGAGUGCUCAAAUAUUUGAAGCUGUUGGUUUAGCUCAGUCUGUGAUUGAUAUGUGUUUCUGUGGAGCGACGAGUCGUGUAGGCGGAGCAGAUUUUGAAAUUCUAGCCAGAGAGGUUACAGCACGUCACCGGUUAGCCUAUCCGGAGUGUCAGACAAUCUGCACAAAAGUACUCGAGAAUCUUGGUCAAUUUGGAAACAACCCUGGAUUUUAUCAUUGGAGACAAGGUGGAGAAAAGCAUAUAAACAGUCCAGAAACAGUAGCUAAACUACAAGCUGCAUCUCGAAACAAUAGUCAAGAAGCCUAUAAAAUGUUUGUUCAAGCUGCUGACGAAUGUUCACGUUAUUGUACUUUACGUGGGCAAUUAGACUUUCACUUUGCAGAGAAGCCUUUACCACUGGAGUUUGUUGAACCAGCUGCGGAAAUUGUUAAACGCUUCUCUACAGGUGCAAUGAGUUUGGGAAGUAUUUCUUCUGAGGCUCAUACAACUCUAGCUAAGGCUAUGAAUAAAAUUGGCGGACGAUCUAAUACUGGUGAGGGUGGUGAACGACCUGAACGAUAUAAAAAUCCUGAGAUAUGUUCUGCCAUAAAGCAAGUUGCUUCAGCGCGGUUCGGUGUCAACAGUUCAUACUUGGCCCACGCUGAGAUGCUGCAAAUCAAGAUGGCUCAAGGCGCUAAGCCUGGUGAAGGUGGGGAACUGCCGGGUUAUAAAGUCACCGAGGAAAUUGCGCGUACGCGUUACUCAGUGCCAGGUGUUGGUCUAAUCAGUCCACCACCACAUCACGAUAUUUAUUCUAUUGAAGAUCUAUCACAGCUUAUUUAUGAUCUGAAAGCUGCCAAUCCAUUUGCUAUAGUUAGCGUGAAACUUGUUUCUGAAAUUGGAGUCGGUGUAGUUGCUGCUGGUGUGGCCAAAGCUCGAGCAGCACAUAUCACAGUUUCUGGUCAUGAUGGUGGCACCGGGGCUAGUAGCUGGACAGGUAUCAAACAUGCUGGACUGCCAUGGGAAUUGGGUAUUGCCGAGACUCAUCAAUGUUUAAUCAGUCAACAAGCACGCUCUCGAGUUAAAUUACAAGCUGAUGGACAAAUACGUACAGGACGAGAUGUCAUUAUAGCCUGUAUGUUGGGAGCUGACGAAUUCGCAAUGUCAACAGCACCACUCAUUGUGCUAGGCUGUACAAUGAUGCGUAAAUGUCAUCUGAAUACAUGUCCAGUGGGAAUAGCUACCCAGGACCCCGUCUUACGGAAGAAAUUCGCCGGUAGCCCAGAACAUGUUAUCAAUUAUCUGUUUCUUCUGGCUGAAGAGGUUAGGCAAUACUUGAGUCGUUUAGGUGUAUCUUCUUUGAAAGAGAUUGUCGGGCAUACAGAAUAUCUAAAGCAUAGAAGCCCAGGAUUGACUACGAAAUCUCAACUACUUGAUCUGAGUCGAUUAAUGAUAAAAGCUGAACCAGAUGAAAUGCACUAUGGCUCGUUGAGACAAAGUGAUUCAGUGAAAGAUUUCCGGGAAAAUCCCACAACAAUGUCAUUUGCCGAUCUUUUACCGGCUGAUCGCCGUCUAGAUAUCAUUAUACUGCGUGCCGCUUACAAGCUGAUUGAUACACCUGAAGAUGUGGAGCUCAGUCCAUCCGAGUCGGUUGUACACAUUAACGAGUCUAUUUUCAAUUCAGACCGUACAGUUGGCACUACACUGAGUUAUGCAAUUUCAACCAGUUUCGAUGAAAAAGGAUUGCCAAAUAAUCGGCGAAUAAUGGUUAAUUUGUCAGGUAGCGCAGGUCAGAGUUUUGGAGCUUUCUUGGCUCGUGGCGUUCAUAUACGUCUGGAAGGAGAUGCAAAUGACUACGUUGGAAAAGGUUUAUCUGGUGGGAAGAUUACAGUUGUCCCUCCUAAAUAUUUAUUAGAUCAGGGUUUUAAAUCUGAAGAUAAUAUAAUUGUGGGCAAUGUAUGCUUGUACGGUGCCAUCGAAGGUUGUCUUUUCCUAAGGGGACAGGCAGCUGAACGAUUCUGUGUACGUAAUUCCGGUGCUACUGUUGUUGCAGAAGGUGUCGGUGAUCAUGGCUGUGAAUAUAUGACUGGUGGUCGCGCUGUGAUACUCGGUCGUACAGGACGCAAUUUCGCCGCUGGUAUGUCAGGUGGUCUGGCUUUCGUGUAUGAUCCACAAGGGCUGAAUGGGGAUUUUGCACCAAAGUGUAAUAUGGAAUUAAUUGAUUUGGAGCUGAUGAAUUCAGGACAUAAGUAUAGUGGAUGGCUUAAAGAAAUAUUGACAGAAUUCGUUAAGGAGACUGAUUCACAGGUUGGAUCUAAUAUACUGGCCAACUGGAACGAAUCAGUUGAACAUUUCGUCCUUGUAUUUCCUCGUGAUUAUAGAAAUGCGUUGGCGAAACUUGAAGCUACUGCUACCGCUGAAGAGUCGAAAGUACAACCACAAGUUAAUACAAUAGUAAAUGGUGUCAGUGAAAGUGAUAAGCAAACAGCAGAUAUUGAAGAUAUGGCUGGUGAUGAACCUGCUGAAAAAUUGGACAAAGUGCGUGGCUUCGUAAAAUAUGCUAGACAAAAGCAAAAUUAUCGCCCAGUUGAAGAACGCAUCAAGGAUUGGGAGGAAGUUUAUGCGCUUAAACAGAUUCGUAAGGGUUUAGUAAAACAAGCAGCUCGUUGUAUGGAUUGUGGUGUUCCAUUCUGCCAGUCAUAUGUUGGCUGCCCUCUUGGUAAUCUUAUUCCAAACUGGAAUGACUUAGUAUUCAAGGGUGAUUGGCACGCUGCUCAUAUCGCUUUAGCACAAACUAAUAAUUUCCCUGAAUUCACAGGCCGUGUAUGUCCAGCCCCUUGUGAAGGUGCUUGUGUUCUAGGCAUAAAUGCUGAUCCAGUUACCAUAAAACAUAUUGAGUGUACUAUAGCUGAUGCAGCUUGGGAAAAUGGUUGGCUGAAUCCCAUUCCUGAUGAGAAUCGUAUGCCGACUGGCAAACGUAUCGCUGUUGUUGGAAGUGGACCAUCCGGUUUAGCCUGUGCAGAUCAACUCAACAAGGUUGGACAUGAUGUGACAGUAAUUGAACGCAGAAAUCUACCCGGUGGCCUACUGCGCUAUGGUAUUCCAACCAUGAAACUUUCACGCCAAGUUCUUGAUCGUAGAAUAAAUCUGAUGAAAGCUAAUGGCAUUAAGUUUGUGGUUAACACACGUGUUGGCCAUGAUGGUCAGACUCCUGAACCAAGAGAUUUGAACAAUAUCUGCCGUCCUCCUGAAGAAAAAGAGAAUGUCUGGCCAGCUUCAAAAUUACUCAAUGAAUUCGAUGCGAUCGUUUUAUGCUUGGGGGCAACUUGGCCUAGGGAUAUAAAUAUUCCAGGUCGUCAUUUGGAAGGUAUUCAUUUCGCUAUGAGUUUCCUUGAACGUUGGCAACGUCAUCAGCAUGUAAAGAAGGUCAAGGAGACCUAUGUUGCUAAUCAGAACGGUGACAGUUUUGAUCACAGUUCUGUGGCUGCCUUAGCCAAAGGUAAACGUGUGGUUGUACUUGGUGGAGGGGAUACCGGUGUUGACUGCAUCGCAACGUCUGUACGCCAGGGAGCUGAAAAUAUCCGCGUGUUCGAGAUACUUCCUCCACCACCGCCGAGCCGUGAUGUGAAUGAAAAUCCUUGGCCUGAAUGGCCACGUAUAUGGAGGGUGGACUAUGGACAUGCAGAGGUUGCUGUUCGCAUAAAUGGUGAUCCAAGACAGUUCAAUACAAUCACUAAAGAAUUUCUAGACAACGGUCACGGAUCAGUCGGUGGAAUACGUACAGCUCGAGUAGAGUGGACUAAAUCGAAUACUGGCAGAUGGAUAAUGAGUGAAGUACCAGACUCAGAAGAAACGGUAGAAUGCGACCUGGUUCUCUUGGCAAUGGGAUUUCUGGGACCAGAAACACAGCUUGUCAAAGAGCUUGAAUUGAAUUUGACUACUCAGUCAGUGAUUCAAGUUAUCCCUGAUCGACCAUAUAAAACAAACAUUCCCAAAGUUUACGCCGCUGGAGAUUGUCGACGUGGUCAAUCGCUAGUGGUACAUGCAAUAAAUGAAGGUAGACAAGCAGCACGUCAAGUGGAUCUUGAUUUAAUGGGUAAAACUCAACUUCCAGGUCCUGGUGGAAUUAUAAAAACUGCAAAUUUAAGAUAGAUGUUUAAUCACUUAAUAAAUGCUUCUGCUUGUGUGAACACACACAUAAACACUUCAGAGGAUUCGACUGGU